AUGCGUGCGGAAUUAAUUGCUAUAGCAGAAGCUUUGUCUUAUGUUGCUGAUAGUCCGGGUCAGGAUAUAGUCAUUUUGUCGGACUCGAAAAGUGCACUACAGCACGUGGCUAGCUGCGCCUCGACUGUUCGAGGAUUCCCGAUAGCAUACUCUAUAAUGCAGUCUAUGUAUGAAAUGAUUGCACAAAAUAGAAAAGUGAUACUGCAAUGGAUACCUUCACAUGUCGGCAUUCCAGGGAAUGAAAAAGUAGACAACUUAGCUCGAGAUGCAAAUGUAGAGGGAAGAGAAUUACACUGUGUACCAUACUACAAGUACUGGGCUCGUUAA